CGCGCUCACGUCUAAUGUCCACCGAGGAAGAGGGGUGUAAAGACGAAGAAGAGUUUGAGGGUUCCCGGGUGUUGAACCGCUCUCACAGACCCAAACAGAACCUCAGAGACCCCAUGAAAGACCACCACACACCGGGCUCUCACUGCUCCCGAUGCCCGUGAAUGAGCAGAUGACCGAGAUCGGCGCUGUCCAUCCACUUACUAUGGUUUCUGACUGGAGCUAAUACCAACAACCACUACAGCAUCAACCAAAGACCUGGAGUGAUGGAGGAAGGAGCAGAGCUAAUGAAGGAUAUAGUGUUUCGAGGUGUGGAGUUUGCCGUUAAAAUGGAAGUGGACAAUGGGCUGUUGAUUGUUGAAAUUUCUGAUUCUACAACAGCAGAUCAAUGGAGAGGGGAAUUUGACCCAGCAUAUAUCGAAGACCUCACCAGAAAAACAGGCAACUUCAAGCAGUUUCCUAUAUUCUGUAGCAUGUUGGAAUCCGCUGUUAAGAGGUCAAGCGAUUCAGUCACUCUGGACCUCCUGACCUAUGCUGACCUGGAGCUGCUGCGUAACAGAAAAGCAGGAGUGGUCAGUCGGCCCCGUGCCAAUCAACAGUCCUCUGCCCUGACCGCCAAACGAUAUCUCAUCCUCAUUUACACCGUCGAGUUUGACCGGAUUCAUUACCCAUUGCCUCUACCCUAUGUUGGAAAACCUGACCCUGCUCUGCUACAAAAAGAGAUCAGAGCUUUACGGGCGGAACUCGGCACAGUCACUUCUCAGGGAAUCAACAAAUCCGACAAAAUGGAAAUACAGCAGCUACGAGAAGAGUUAUUGCUGGUAAAGGAAGAGAAGGAUGCCAUGGCUAAAGUUUUGGAGAGACUUCAGAUUGGAGGGGGUAUGGGGACCCCUGGGAGAGAGGAGUGGAGAGCUCGAGAUGUGGUCCGAUCUCUUGAGGAGCAACUUAUGAAAGAAAGAGCCAAGAACCAGCGCUCUGCAAGUAAAAGGAGUCAGGAACAGAGACUUCUAAUGGAACAGUUCGAGGAGCUGCGUGCGUCAGAGUGUGCCCUCAGAGCUCGUGUCAAGAGUCUCACCAAUGAACUGGCGCUGCUGCGGAGAGGAAAAGUGACUCCAGUUUCUAGUCACAUCGCCUCUCGACUUGAAGGUGAAGUCUACCGAUCUUUGUCCCGAGAGAGGAGGUCUGGAUACGGGGUGGUCCGAGUGCAGUCGGGGUCCAGGGAACGGAUGGAGGACAGGAUUCAGAGGUCCGAGGAGCGAGGCAGAAGAUCAGACUCGACAGGACCAAGAGGCCGGAUACCAAGACCCUCUCCAUCUCCCACUGGUUCAAGAGGUUCUCGCUUUGAUCCAACUGCUUAUAUCCAGGACAAACAGCGCAGACAGAAAGAAGCAGAAAUCAAGAAACAAAGGAAAGUGCGGAGGGACAUGCUAGUGUCACCAGUGUUUCAGGAGAGGGGCCGUUCGCGCUCCAGAGAGCCCCACCCUCAGAUGGUGCGGCCGGGCAGCCGAGGGAGAAGCUUGUCUGUGGAAAGGAGGCUGAGCCGAAACUCUUCAGAAAGCUCAUUAGUCGACAUGGAUGAAAUGACAAAAACAUUUUUAAGGUAA